AUGAAGUCCGAAGAGACGAUGGAGUGGGAAGACGGGAAUUCCUAUCCGGUGAUCCGGGUCGAAAUCAGCUCGGCUUCGCAUCCUUUCUACACCGGCAAGCGCCAGCAGAUCAUGGAUCGAGGCGGACGCAUCGACCAGUUCAACCGCCGCUACGGCAAGAGCGAACCGCAAGCCUAG